UAUGUAAAAAAAAGAGAGGCGAAAAUAGAUUUGGCUGAAACAAUGGCAGCAGAAGCAGUUACACAGAAACUAUAUGAUGCUGCAACAAUGGGCGAUGUAGCAACCUUCCAAACACUUGUGCAACAAGAUCCAUUUCUUGUUGAUCAAGUUUCAUUCGCUCGUUCAAGAAAUCUCCUGCAUAUAGCAACAAUAGCCGGACAAGUGGGCAUCGUGGAAGAGUUGUUGAGGAUAAACUCAAAGCUAGCUCGAGAUGUCGACUCCAAAAAGUCGUCAUCUCUUCACAUUGCAGCUGAACAAGGGCACGUUGAGAUUGCCAAUAAAUUGUUUUUUGUAGCCCCUGAGAUGUGUUGGUGGCUCGAUGAUCAAGGCAUGAACCCGGUUCAUAUUGCAGCCAUGAGAGGGCAUGUUGGGGUCUUGGAGGUUCUGCUUGAACAUGACUUAUCUCCUGCUAUGGAGAGACUGCAUCGCGGUCAGACUGUGUUGCACUUGUGCGCAAAACAUGGUCAGGUUCAGACGCUGAAGUUUGUGGUGGAGAAAUUAGAACUUCUUGUACCAGUGAAGGAUGAUGAUGGGGAGACACUCUACAAUUUGGCUGUUAGAUGCGAUCAAGUUGAAUUGCUUGAAUUAUUGCAUCAAAUCUCAGAUGACAAAAUAUUUGAUUGGAAACGGCACAAUCCAGCUAUUUGAUUUAACGGUGGCCAAAGAGAUAAGCGGCGUGACCAUGGUAGUGGUGGGCCUGAUAGCUGCGAUGGCAUUCAGCGCGGUGGUCAGCCCCCCCGGCGGCUUGUGGCAGGAUGACACGUCAUCACACAGAGCCGGCAAAGCAGUGAUGGCAUCAUCUCAUCCCAAACUAUACAAACUCUUCUCUCGUGCUAACACCACUGCUUUCGUUUCAUCUCUCUUGGUAAUCUUUCUCAACACCAUAAAUGCGAUAAAUAGUGCAGAAAUAUUCGUUGUGGUCAUAUGGUAUGCAACGCUGGUGGCGAUGGCAUCUAUUGGAGUGAGUUAUGGUGCUUCCGUAGCCAUUACAAAUCCUGCGGAAACACAAAGAGUUGGCCAAAUUAUUGCUGUUGUAUCCGCUGGGUUCGGAGGCAUCUUUGUGUUCGUACUCGUCUUGGUUAUUAUAAUGCGUUCGUACUCUAAGUGGAAGACACUGAAACUUCAGCAUCCAGAUCUUACAAUCACUGAUCGAUUCUUUCGCGGUUUUCAUGAGGGUUUUAAAAAAGGCUUUGAAACGACGACGCAAGUAUUUGAAUGAUGAAGAUACAUUGGGUUGAAUUUGAAAGGAAAGUCAGAAAUAGUUAGUUCAUAUUGAUAUUGUCUUUGUCUAGGUAGUUGGUGAAUUUUGAUAUAAUUUUCCACUCAACUCUCAGGCCAUGGAUUGAUACAACUGUUUCAUUCAAGUCUCUCUAA